UAUUUUAUGAACAAACAUUGCAAAAAUGAAAAGGUCCACUUCUGCAAAAUUCCACAUCUACUUCAUAUUUUGUGCAAGUUUUUUCAUUUCUGCAAUCUCUUCUGAUACAUUAACUUCAUCACAAUCUCUAGUAUAUAACCAAACCCUUGCAUCUCCAAAAAAUGUUUUUGAGUUUGGUUUCUUCAAUACAACAUCUUCAAAAUGGUACAUAGGUAUAUGGUACAAAGAUUUUCCAGAUAAAACAUUUGUUUGGGUUGCAAAUAGAGACACUCCUCUUCAAAAUUCUAAUGGAACUCUCAAGAUUCAAGAUGAUGGAAGCUUGAUUCUUCUCAACCAAGAAAGUAGCAUCAUAUGGUCAUCGAAUCAAACUGUUUCCUCGGUUUCAAAUCCUGUUCUUCGUCUUUUGGAUAAUGGAAAUUUGGUUCUCAUAGAAGAACAAGAGAAGAACAACACUAACUAUAUAUGGCAGAGUUUUGAUCAUCCGACCGAUACUUUGUUACCGGGUAUGAAGCUCGGUUGGAACCUUGAUACUCGUGUGGAGAUUCGAGUAACGUCGUGGAAAAGUCAAGAUGAUCCGUCAACCGGAGAUUGUUAUUUUAGUCUUGAUUUUCAUGGUGUUACAGAUAUUUACUUGUGGAACAAGCAACAGCGGGUGUUUAGAACGGGUUCGUGGAAUGGUAAAACUUUCGGUGGUGUACCGAUACUAAAUACUAUAGCGGAGCUUAAUGAUGAAAUAGUUGCUGAUAAUCAUCAAGCUUAUUACUAUCCGGCGGGGUUACUUCAGUCUAAUUUGUCUAGACUUAUUGUGAAUUCGACGGGUUCAAUCGAGCGUUACGCGUGGAUUUGGAGCACCAAGAGUUGGAGCAAAGUUUGGUUUGCACCAGCUGUAGAUUGUGAUCAUUAUGGAGCUUGCGGUCCUUUUGGUAUUUGCGACGCGAAUGCUUUUCCUAUAUGCGAGUGUGUGACGGGAUUUGAUGUCAAGAAUCAAAGGCAAUGGGAUUUGAGAAAUUUUUCGGACGGGUGUGUGAGGAAAACGGAAUUGGAAUGUGGUAAGGAUAAGUUCUUGCAAUUGAAGGCUGUGCAAUUGCCGGAUACUAGAAAUGUGUUUGUGAACAAGAGCAUGACGUUGUUCGAAUGUGAAAAGAUGUGUCUCGAUGAUUGUUCUUGCACUGCGUAUGCGAAUGAAGUGAUCACGAACGGCGGAACUGGUUGUGUCAUGUGGAAUUAUAGUCUUGUUGAUAUGAGACAGUUUUCUGAAGCUGGACAAGAUCUGUUUAUCAGAUUAGCAGCUUCUGAUGUAGAUGAAGCUGAUGCAGGAUCUGCAGGAGGGUCCCAAAAGAAUGCAGGAAAGAUUGCUGGAAUUACAAUUGCUAUAGCUAUCUUGAUUUUGGGAGUGAUUAUAUUCAUUUUGAGGAAGAGAAGAAAAUUGAAGAGAAUACAGAAAGUGAAUACUAAUCAGAGAGGUCAUUCUGAUAAAGGUCAGAAAACAUUGUUACAUGAGGUGAAGUUUUCAAAUAGCGGAGAAUAUUCCGAUGAGAGGAACAUCGAUGAACUUGAAUUGCCACAGUUUGAAUUUCAUGUCAUAGCAGAUGCUACAAACUGCUUCUCUUUAGCAAAUAAACUUGGAGAAGGAGGCUUUGGAACAGUUUAUAAGGGCAGGCUAGUUGAUGGCCAGGAAAUUGCUGUGAAGAGGUUGUCAACAAGCUCAGGACAAGGAAAUGUAGAAUUCAAGAACGAGGUAAGAUCAAUCGCAAAGCUUCAACAUCGAAAUCUUGUACGUCUCUUCGGUUGCUGCAUUGAGAAAGAUGAGAAGAUGCUGAUCUAUGAGUACUUGGAAAAUAACAGCCUAGACUCUAUUUUAUUUGACCAAGCAAAGAAUUCCAAGCUAGAUUGGCCUAUGAGAUUCAACAUCAUAUGUGGAAUAGCCAAAGGGUUACUUUAUCUUCAUCAUGACUCAAGAUUUAGAAUUAUCCAUAGAGAUCUCAAAGCAAGCAAUGUUCUACUUGAUAGAGAAAUGAAUCCAAAGAUAUCAGAUUUCGGGAUUGCUAGAAUUUUCGACAAGGAUCAAACACACUCGAAUACAAAGAGAGUUGUUGGAACAUAUGGCUAUAUGUCUCCUGAAUAUGCAAUGGGAGGAUAUUUUUCGGUGAAAUCAGAUGUUUUUAGUUUUGGAGUUCUCGUGUUGGAGAUCAUAAGCGGCAUGAAGAAUCGAGGAUUUCAUUUCUCAGAUGAUCUAAAUCUCCUUGGACAUGCAUGGAGGCUAUGGAACGAAGGGAAAGUAUUGGAACUAAUCGAUUCAUCGUAUGCAGAUUCAUAUUCAGAAUCUGAAGUUAUAAGAUGCAUAAAUGUAGGCCUAAUAUGUGUCCAAGAGAAAAUAGAAGACAGGCCCACAAUGCCUUCGGUGGUGAUGAUGUUGAAUAGCGAAACGACAAUGCUGCCACAACCGAAGCAUCCCGGAUUCGUCCUUGGAAGAAAUCCAGGUGAAUCCGAUUCAUCUUCGGCUAGGCAAGAAGAAUCACACUCAAUAAACCAAGUCACAGUUACAAUAGUAAAUGGCAGAUAGAUAAAUUAUGUAAGAAUCAUGUUGAUUUCUACACAUUGAACUUUAUUCGAGAUUUUAUAUCAUGUCAAAAUUUUAUAUCAUUAAAUACGGUAUCAUUAUAAGAUUGUAUGAGUACAAAAUGAGUGUUAACCACAUCAAAAGUAAACUCUACAGAAUCGAAUUCGCAA